UUGAGUGGUUGUAAGAAGCGGGGAAGUGAGCGUGUGGUGUAUGAAAUGAGAGGACAGUAUUAUUCCGUCUGUGUGGGGACUGUUGCUGAAUGAAUGAAUGGUGAUUCUGAUUCAAAUGGGACCAUGAAAUGCAAUGCAAAGGUUGAAUGAAAUGAAUCAUAAUUGAAUUAUGAAAUGUUUGGGAUAAGUUGAAAAAAGUUGACAACUUGUGUGUGUGUUGUGUUGGGACAGUUGUAUUCUCCAUCACUAGUUGUGACUGCACAUGUAGUACUAUGUUCCACACCCAACUUUCUCUUUUCUAUCUGUGCUAUGUUCUCUUCUCUUUAUGUAGCAAAAAAAAAAAAACCAAUACAUGAACUCCAAUUCUCACUCAAUGGCAACACCAACACCAACACCAACACCAGCACCAACUAGUGGUGGAGAUGCUUCUAGCAAGAAAAUUAGAAAGCCAUACACCAUUACCAAGUCCAGGGAAAGCUGGUCUGACGAAGAACACGACAAGUUUCUUGAAGCUCUUCAAUUAUUUGAUAGGGAUUGGAAGAAAAUUGAAGAUUUUGUAGGUUCUAAAACUGUUAUUCAGAUUCGAAGCCAUGCCCAAAAGUACUUCUUAAAGGUUCAAAAAAAUGGAACACUAGCCCAUGUUCCUCCUCCUCGUCCUAAGCGCAAAGCUAUUCAUCCUUAUCCACAAAAAGCAACCAAAAAUGUUUUGCUGCCACUUCCAGCAUCCAUUGCUUAUGGAUCAUCCACAAAUAGCCUUUUACCUGCAGGCUAUGUCACAUGGGAUGAAACUUCCAUGCUCAUGGAUAGUUGUCAGGAUGAACUCAACAAUCUUCAUGGAAAUGAAGCUGAUAUUGGAUCGAAGGGGAUUAGCAACAGUGAUCUAAUUGGUGUUGGAGACUCUACUACGAGGCUCACCGCUUCUCAAAUACCAAAUCAAGGGAAACAGAAUCCUGUAACUCAUGGAUUGCCAGACUUUGCUGAAGUUUACGGUUUCAUUGGAAGUGUUUUUGAUCCGGAUACAAAUGGCCAUGUACAGAAGCUUAAGGAAAUGGAUCCUAUAAACUUUGAAACUGUUUUGUUGUUAAUGAGAAACCUCACUGUCAAUUUGUCUAGCCCGAAUUUUGAUCCCAUUAAGAAGGCAAUGUCAACAUAUGAUGUGAAUAACGAUGCUGAUGUGAAGAAGCAGGCAAAUGAUGUAUCAUGUCAAAACACUUGAAUGUAUGUAUCUGUUGUCCUUUGUAACCAGUCAGGAGGAUAGUAUAUGUUAGAUAGCUGAAGAGCACGGCAUAUUUUUCAAUUUAUAUAUAGGUAAAUGUUAAUAAGCUAGUGAUUAUGUUAGUUUUUAAAGUUUAUAAAUUCUAAAUCUCGUGCAUAAAACUUCUUCGGUAUCUCAUAGCUAACCAACGGAGCUACCUACUUGGGACCAUAAUAAUUGUUGUAUUGUAUUGUAUUGCUUUGAUUUCGUAGAUUGGCUAGACAAAUUGCCUAGUAGACAUGUAGGUUUAUAUUGUGACAUAGUAAUAGUAUGUAUCAUAGAAUUAGGAAUGGAAUGGUGUCUGUUGUCA